AUGAGCCGGGCCAGGCACCUCGGCAAGAUCAGGAAACGUCUGGAAGAUGUCAAGAGCCAAUGGUGCCGGCCAGCCAGGGUCGACUUCAGUGACAAUGAGAGUGUCCGGCUGGCCACAGACGCCCUGUUGGACGGGGGUCCCGAGGCCUACUGUCAGGCACUCAUCCAGGAAGGUGAGGUGGACUUUCUGUCGUCAGCAGAGACCCAGUAUGUGCAGACACAAGCCAAGGAGCCCACCUGGGUGCUGGAAUCCCUCGAAGAACCAGAGUCUGGUGUCAAAGACCCAAUGGAGUCCAGCUCCCUGCAGUCGGGGACCUAUUUCCCUGCAGCUUCGGAAGGCAGCGAGCCGUCCCUGAUGCACUCCUGGGUGGCAGCAGAGAAGCCCUACCUGAGGGAGAAGUCCAGUGCCACUGUGUACUUUCAGACUGACAAGCACAACAACAUCAGGGACCUGAUCCGUCGCUGUAUCACUCGCACCAACCAGGUCCUGGCCAUCCUCAUGGACGAGUUCACAGAUGUGGAGAUCUUCUGUGACAUUCUAGAGGCAGCCAACAAGCGCGAGGUGUUUGUCUGCAUCCUCCUGGACAAGGGAGGCGUGACGCUCUUCCAGGAAAUGUGUGACAAAAUCCAGCUCUCUGACAGUCACUUCAAGAACAUUUCCAUCCGGACUGUGGAAGGAGAAGUUUAUUGUGCCAAGUCAGGCCGGAAGUUUGCUGGCCAAAUCCAGGAAAAGUUCAUCAUCUCUGACUGGAGAUACGUCCUGUCGGGGUCCUACAGCUUCACCUGGCUCUGUGGUCACGUGCACCGGAACAUCCUGUCCAAGUUCACGGGCCAAGCAGUGGCACUGUUUGAUGAAGAAUUCCGUCACCUCUACGCCUCCUCCAAGCCCCUGAUGGGCCCCAAGUGCCCCCGGCUGGUCGCCACCGUCCAGUCCCAAAUGGGCUCCAGCACCUCGGCCUGUGGCCUCAGUGGUGCCAGCAGCUCUCUCAGCAACCACACGUCAUCCAACUGCUUCAGCAGCCCCUCAUCAGGCAGCCACCCCCGUCAGAACCACAGCCUCUCUAUGUCCUCGGGGCCCAGCAGUCCUCUCACCCCCAACCCGACUCCCACCCCCAACCCGACUCCCACCCCUAACCCGACUCCCACCCCCAGGCCUCAGGCCCACCACAGCCCAAUGGGCGGUAUGACACCAAGGUCAUACAAAGGCCCUGUGACUCCCUACAGCAACCUUGAGGCCUACAGGCCCACCAGGCUGCAGCUGGAACAGCUGGGCCUGGUUCCCCGGGCGGCCCACACCUGGAGACCCUUUCUUCAGGCCUCCCCUUACUUCUAA